CUUUGCCUGUGCUCCCGGCUCUUUCUCUUUCACUUUUCAUUUCGCCGGAGGUUGGGACUCCGGGUGGAAGGUGCCCGGGGGAAUCCCAGCUGACUCGUUCACUGCCUUCGAAGUCCGGCGCCCGCUCCCGCUCGGCUGCGGUGGCUGUCGCCCCCCCACACCCUGCAGCCAGGACUCGAUGGAGGUACAGAGCUCGGCUUCUCUGCUUUGGGAGGGGAGUGGUGGUGGUUAAAAGGACAAUGGAAUUUUCCCCGAAAGCCUACGCCCUGGGCCCCUCCCAGCUCCGGCGCUACCCUCUGGUCUACCCGACUGGCCUGGCCGCCCCGCCCUCUCACGGGGAAAACUUAGCCGCAACUACAAUUUUUGAUUUUUCCCCUAAUGACACUUUACUCCUCGCCGAGACUCUCCUCGCCAUCCUCCUGCUUCCAGAGGAGCGCAGAUCGCCGGUCCCUUUGCCCCUGGCGUGCAGCUCCCCACUGCGCUGCACUCUUUCGGAGUUCGUGACUGCUGGCGAGCGCAAGGCAGGCCGGGCACCCUGCGCUCCGCUGGGAGGGUGAGGGGCGCGCGUCAGGCUGCCCCAGCCAAACUGCCGCUUUCUGAGAAGACGCGGUCCUGCAGCCCUGAGGGCUGAGUUCUGCACCCAGUCAAGCUCAGAAACGACAAGAAAAGGAACCGUAUUGGCACUUCAUCUGUAUGUCCUCAUUGAAUUUGAGUAACUACUGCAUUUUUAUCCUGACUUGACAAAGAAAAAAAUGGCAUGCAGUAUUUCACCUGCAUUAAGACACAGCUAGAAUCCAUUCCAAUAUAUGGCUACGUGGCUCUUUGGAGCAAUGUUCCAUCAUGUUCCAUGUUGGUGACGUCACACAGAGCACAGAAAUCAAUGUUGGCAGAUAGCCAGCCCAUACAAGAUCGUUCCACUUGUGUUUUUAAUGGAUCAUCAUUUACCCUGGAUUGUACUGUAGGAGGCAUCGUGGAUGGAUGGCUGCUGGAAACCCCUUGCCAUAGCCAGCUCUUCUUCAAUACUUAAGGAUUUACCGUGGUUUUGAGUAAUGAGAAUUUCGAAACCACAUUUGAGAAGUAUUUCCAUUCAGUCCUACUUGUGUUUACUUCUAAACAGUCAUUUUCUAACUGAGGCUGGCAUUCAUGUCUUCAUUUUGGGCUGUUUUAGUGCAGCACUUCCUAAAACAGAAGCCAUCUGGGUGGAUGUAAUAAGUGAUUUGAGAAGAAUUCAAGAUCUUAUUCAAUCUAUACAUAUUGAUGCUACUUUAUAUACGGAAAGUGAUAUUCAUCCCAGGUGCAAAGUAACAGCAAUGAAGUGCUUUCUCUUGGAGUUACAAGUUAUUUCACUUGAGUCCAACAAUACAAAUAUUAAUGAUACAAUAGAAAAUCUUCUCAUCCUAGCAAACAGAAGUUUAUCUUCUAAUGGGACUAUUACAGAAUCUGGAUGCAAAGAAUGUGAGGAAUUGGAGGAAAAAAAUAUUAAAGAAUUUUUGCAGAGUUUUGUACAUAUUGUCCAAAUGUUCAUCUAUACUUCUUAAUUGCAACUGAUUCUUUUUGAAGUGUUUCUGUUAUUAACAAAUAUCACCCUGCUGCUUAGACAUAACAAAACACUCGGCAUUUCAAAUGUUCUGUCAAAACAAGAUUUUUUGUCAAGAAGAUGUUCGGAUCUUGGAUCAGAUGAAGUCUUAGAAAUGAAGGCAUAAAAAUGUCAUUGAGUAAUAUAUAGUGACUAUGAACUUCUCUCAGAUGUACUUUACUCAUUUGUUUUUAAUUUAUUAUUGAAAUUGUACAUAUUUGUGGAAUAAUGUAAAAUGUUGAAUAAAAAUGUAGACAAGUGUUGUCAUUUGAAGUUGCACUGAUAUUUUUCCUCUUAGAGCAAAAUAGAGAGCAUCUGCUUAAGGGUGAUAGUUGAAUUAUGUAUUGGUGGUGCUGGGUACCAAUGCUGCAGGUCAAGGCUAUGUUGUUAUACUCCUGCCAGUGUGACAUCACUGACUGCCAGCUCUCAUUGACUUCCUUACAAAGCAAAGCAGCCAGAGGAAGAAUUUGCUAUCAAUAAGCAAAAGAAGAACUAUAUGUGAACCAUCUUCUUUACACUGUAAUUUAAGUAUUGAUAUAUAAAGCAACUGUUAUGAAAUAAAUUGCAAUACCCGGCA